CCAUGGGCACCACACACACGCAUCCGCACGCCUUUUCCCCGCCACGCUAUGGUGCACACGUGUGUGGUGUCUGGUUGUAGGAACAGACGAACCCCGGGGACCGCCUUAUCGUUUUACCGGUUCCCCCGGGACCCGGAGAGGAAGCAGCGCUGGGUCGACGCGGUGAACCGGCAGGGAUGGCAGCCGAACGACGGCAGUCGUCUCUGUAGUAGUCACUUCAUCUCCGGUAUGGCGGCGCGGGUGGGGGGUGGGCUUGUCAAUGAAACGGCAGAUAGUCUGGGGAAAGCAGGUGAAGAACCCUCGUUCCCCAGACUACGUUCCCUCCCUCUUCUCUCCUCCGGCCCCCGACAUGAGGGAACCAGCGGACAUGAAGGAACCAGAAGAUUUGGAGCUCCGGGACAAACAGCAAGCCCAGGUGGAGGCCGCCAAUGCCCUGCUCUUCCUGCAGGGCCAGGGCCGCGACCCAAUCCAGACCCAGACCCCUAAAGAAGACCGCCCUGGACCCGAGACCCCCUCGUCGCCCCCCAGUGCCGAAGAUGGCGACAGUGAGGAGGCGCGGGACGCUAACUUUGCGAGGGGUAGCAAGAGAGGACGGGUGGCCGUGAAGGAGGAGGAGUCGGUGGGUCUGGAGGAGGCGCUCGGUGCGCUGCAGAACGAGAACCAGUCCCUUAGGGAGGCGCUGGAGAAGAUGUCCCUGUCGGAGAGCUCCCUGAGGAACGACCCGGAGAAGGUUCGCUUCUACACGGGCCUGCCCAACUACUACGUCCUGGAGACGGUCAUGUGGCUGCUGGCGCCGCACAUGGACGACACCACCAAGACCUCGCCCAAGAACCCCAUGCGUCUCUCCAAGUUCCAGCAGCUGCUGCUCACCCUGGUGCGGCUGCGGCUGGACCUCCGCCACCAGGACCUGGCGUACCGCUUCGGCGUGCGCCUCGGCACGGUGACCAGGGCGGUGCGCCGCGCGGUGGACGUCAUGUCGUCCACGCUGGUGCCCACCGCUGUCUUCUGGCCCUCCAGGGCCGAGCUGCGCAAGAACUUGCCCGCCGCGGUGCGCGCCGCGCACCCCGACUGCGCUGUCAUCAUCGACUUCUUCACGGUGUCCCUCGAGCGGCCUCCGACCGACCCCCCCCACGGGGACCGACCGGGGAGGGCGGGGCCGGGCGGGAACACUCUCAAGUACCUGAUCGGCGUGGCGCCGCAGGGCGUGGUCACCUUUGUCUCCGGGGGCGUGGCCGGCGACGUCGGCGACAAGACCCUGGUGGAAGGGUGCGGCUUCCUCUGCAAGCUCCUCCCAGGCGACGUGGUGCUGGCCAGUCACGGCCUGGACAUCGGCGAGUCGGUGGCGGCCCGGGGGGCGUCGUUCAAGAUUGCCGGGGGCGGAUCAGAGCGAGGGAGCGCCCACUCUCUGCUGGGACACGUGGAGAAGGUCAUCGCCAUGGUGAGGCGGCGCUACGCCGUGCUGACGGGGCCCGUGGAGAGCUGCUUCGCCUCCGACCGCUCCGCCUUCGACAAGGUGGUGCAGGUGGCGUGCGCCCUGAACAACCUGUGCAUCUCCGCCGCACCACUCGAGUGACAGCGGUCAGGACGAGGGCACCUCUCUCCUCAUGGCCCAUCGCUGCCUGUAAUUGGUCACCUAUACGCAAUUUCCCUUUUAGUUUUGUAUGCCGGGCCCUUUAGUGCCGUUUGGAGUAUAUUUGAGACCAAAAGCCCCCCCCCCCCCCACCCCCCCCCCCAGAAAUAGUGAGACAGACAGAACCAUGGGACCAGGGUGUGACAUUAUCUGAGUAAUCGUGAUUGGUUCAGUUGAUGGUCAAUAGUACCGAGCGGUUAAACCCUUUCCCUCAGUUAGGACUAGGGUUUGUGGAAGCCAAACACUUAAAUACACCACAGAUUCAUGGGGUGGUAGACUGACAAGACGUUAUGAAUGAGCAAUCAAAACAUGGGUGCAAUGUUCAUGUCUUUGAAUGAAGGCACACAGUUUUACCUAGACAACACUCUGUUAAUAUUAACACGUGCACGAAGUAGUAUGCAACUGCAAAUUAUGCACACAUGGUAAAUACACAUGCACGCAACUUCAGGUGCUGUGACCAGGGGGAAAAUUAUAGGAUGUUGGUACUCCUAGCAUUUCAACCCAACCCACAGAUGGGUACUUUAUUCAUUUUUGUGGAAUAUUAGGGCAUUUUUUGAAUGUUCCAAUGAAGGUCAUUAUUUGUCUAUCCUUUGUGUCCUACAUAGGGCUUGUAUUUGUGACAUGUACAGUAUGUUUGUCAGUAUAACUUGUCAAUAUGCAUUGACACCCAGUGGUUAAUAUGGGAACUGCAGUCCAAAUUCACACUAUUUGGAGAGAGUUGUCUCCACCCGACCAAACUCUGACCCUUACCUCAUGAGCUGAGGAAGAUAACCUCGAACAGGAUGGGAAUAAAGAGCUUCUCUUCAAGGGUAUCAAUAUAGGGUUAAUAAGAGAUGGAUCAUAUUCCCAGGCAGGGCUUCUUACCUAUCUUGAAAUAAAUCGUUCUUUGCUGCUUUAAAAUAUUAAUUUAAAGGGCCACUAUUUUACCACCAGGGGUGAGUGUGAUUAGCCAUUACAAGCUGUGUAAAAAAUUGGAGUUGUAUCACGUUUGCUGCCUUCUGUGAUUAAUUGUAAAGGUCUGAACCGUGAUUGUGCGAAUCCAAGGCCGUGUCUGAAAUUGUUAACUUGUUCCCUUUAUACUGCACUUCUUGAAAUGUUUUUCCAGUGCUUUGGGAAAUCGUAGUGUACAAAUUUCGUUCCCUGUAUAGUGCAUUAGCACCACGGUGCUUAAAGAUUUAAGCUAUUAUUUUGGUAACGUUUGAUGAAAUGCCAUAGCCAUCCGUCUGUGACUGAAAUGCACUGUGAGAAUCUGGCUCUGUAUGCGCCAAUAUAGAUUCUAGACCACUCCCAGCAAAGGGCAUCUCAUCAGUUGUGGAAUCCAAUUUUGCCUGUCCACCACAGGUGUCUGAAUGCAACACUUCUCAAUGACUGAAAAAACUUAGUGAGGGGGGAGGCUGAGGGACGGAGUAUGAUUUUUGGAUUGAUUAGUUUCCCGCUCGAAUCGUACCUACAGCAGUUUUAAUGCCCAUAAUGCAAUGUUAAAAUAGUUUCCAUCUGAUCUACACGUACUUCUGCACUUUCUGCACCUCUCAUGGUAUGCGACCGACCAAUACACGUCACGCCGUCAGUGGUUUAUAAUUACUGGCUGAAUUCCCCCACUGCCUUCAGUUUCCCUAGUGUACUUUAAAGUGUUUACUAAAUAGGGAUUAGAGAACGAGUGAACAACUUUGGAUACGGCCCUAAGACUAGUUGAUAAGUAUGAUGUCACUUCAUAUUGUGGUUUCUAAAGCCUAAUUAAUUUAACCGCUUCUUCCUGCUGUGAGCAUCUAAAGCUCUCUAAGGAACUUUGAUUUUUAAUUGUUAUUUUCCAGAAUCGUCUGGCACACGACAUUAGCUGGUGCCUUAGCGUGGACUUGGUACUUCUGUUAUCAAACAGACCCACUUUCUUUCAUGUUCUCACUGUUACAUGUUAUUACUAUGUUAUGGACAUGCUAUUACCUUGUUUUCAUGUUUUAUUUACCACGUGAACAUGCCCAGUGUGAGGUUUAAAGUUGUGGACUUUUUGGUGGUAUCACUUGUGACGUCUUGUAGCCUAUGUUAUAAGCGUGAACAGGAGAAGACAGACAUGCGUGCCUGUCCUCAUGUUCCACUACGUGUUUUUCAUGUUCUACAUGUCCAGUUAAAUGUCUACCCAGCAUAUAUGUUAGUUGGGAUUUCUGACCAAUCGUUGUAUCAGCCUAACCACUACUACUGUCCUCUAGCCAUGAACCUUUAUUAAGCUCUCUGAGCAAAUUGUAUGACCAUGGUGUCAAAACGGACCUUUAUGGACCACAAACCAAAUGGGAGAAGUUCCUCAUAGUUCCUCAACGAUAGUUCCAAUCCUUCAGGGGUCUUCUACAUUCUACUACCUUCUACUGUGUGCCUGCAGGCUCUGUAUGCUAUUAUAUAUGGUUAGGUCUUUAUUACUACUUGUACACUGAUAUUUUAAUGCUUGUAUAUCAACACUAAAUAAAUGGUUUGAUUGAUCAUUUAAAACUU